AUGAAGUUCAUCACUUUCGCUACUGCUUGCCUUGUUGUUGGCCUCGCCCAUAGCGCCGCCUUGAGCGAGAAGGCCCUUGCCAGCGCCCACUCGCAGAUCAUGGGCAAUGCCUCCUCUAUGCUGGGCUGGCAGGUCGCCGGCUCCCUGCAGAGUCUUGCCCCUGUUGAUCAAGGCUGUCAAAACAUCACCUCCUUCGGUCACGGUCACUGGGCUGCUCUCGGUCUCAAGCCCGCCGUCAUUGAGCAGGCUUUCUGUGUGGCUACCGCCAGAGUGACCAACUCCUCUGCUCUUGCACUAAAUCAGAUCAAGCUUGCUGCUACCGACAUGUUCAUUGCCCAGCUCCUUCAUGCCUUUGGCGAUGACCCUGAGCCUAACUACAAGUGGUUGUGCCAGAACUUCAACUACACCGCCAUCAACGAUGACCUGGCCCUCAACUCUGGUCGUAUCGGCCAGGCGUUCUGCGCCAACCGUCCUUACGCUACCGCCUGGGUUGACCCUUCGCAUGAAGUUCUCGUCGUCACUGACAACUACAUCUACAACAUGGCCUCCAUCCUCUUCGCCGAUCUGUACAGCUUCAGUGCCUCUACUCCUACUGAACGUUGGGUCAUGUGCGAGCAGUACCAAUACAUGUCUCAGGCCCAGCUCCAGGUGGGCAUCAACUCGGCUGUUGUCCGCAGCCAUCUGUGUGUUGACCACGAUGCACCCCUCAUGACCCAGAGCUAUUCUCAGUUCAUCAUGACUACCAUUUCGACUAGCAUCUUCGCCCGUCAACUUUCGCUCGCUGUCAAUGCUAUCAACGAUGACGAGAAGCGGACUUGGCUGUGUGAGAGUAUCCAGCACGGCGACCUUGGUCUCCUGGGAAUGGCUGCCAAUAACACCUUGUUCUGCUAA